UUCACACAAGCAGAUGUGCAUAGUGAAAAUCGCCAACUUCAGUCUCGUCUGAAGAGUGUUGUUUCUUUAGAGAGGAUGAAGGAAGCUCUAGAGCGGAAGGAUCUGGACCUGGUAGCUGCUCAAAGGGAAGCACGCGAGAAGACGAAGCUUGCGGACGAGAAGCUAGCUUCAGUCAGCGAAUUGGAGGAUGAGAACGCAACAUUGAAGACGUCUGUCUCGGACGCUAAUCGUGAAGUCGAGCAGCUGAAGAAGGACAAUGAGAGUUUGACCGUUGAAGUCGAGGGCCUCAAGACCAAGGCCGGCAAGCUAGAGUCUCAUUUGGAACAACUCGCGGCAAAGCUUGUCCUGAAGCUGGAAGAACUCUAUCGGGACUUCGAGGCCGAAACCGGACGGGUCAAGAUAGGUCUCGACCCGAUUAACUGCCCCAUGAAAGAUGAGGUCGCGAUGAAGUUGCUUCGGCUGGAAUCGCGCUUGGACGGUGCAGUCGACUAUCUGGCUCGGGUGAAGGCGGCGAUGGUCCGAGUGGACGCUGAACUCUGGCCCCAAGUGGAGAUGCCCCAAGACAUGGAGUCUUUGAUGACUCGGCUAAAUCAGAUCGCAUACCGAGUGCAAGAGUGGAAGAAAUCUUCUGCCCACUGCGGUGCUGACAUCGCCUUGUUUUUGGUCCGAGUGCAUUGCAAGGAUGCGAGAGAAGACAAGCUGGCAGCUCUCAAAGUGGCGAACACCAAGAAGCAUUCCUUCCAGGACUUCAUGGACACCUUCCUCGAGGCAGCCACUCGCAUCGCCGACAUCAUCGACCUUGACAGCUUCUGUGACCCGGCCAGUCCUCCUCCCGCCGAGUGA